AUGGACCUUCUCGGCGAAAAUGUCCCAGAGUUUGCAACUCCAGCGGAAUCCCAGGCCUUCCAGGAAGGAAUCCGCCUCUAUCGAGCCGCUCGCGAUCAAGCCGACGCUGAAGCCCGUGCUGCCGCGGCCGCGGCCUCCGCCGCUCGAAAGGCUGAGGCUGCCGCUAAGAAGGCUGCCGCCGUUGCCGCUAGGAAGGCCAAAGCUGGGAGCUCCGGUGGUGACUCUAGCCGAAAGGAUGGAGCGCGGGCUGCCGGAGGCGGCGCUGGCGACGGCGGGGACAAGUCCGGCAACGAGUCCGAGUCCAGCGACGAGGGCAGGCCGCGCCAGACCCCGAGCCCUACUCCGCCUAGAGGUCGCCAAGGUGAUAAACAACCGGCCGCCGACAACGAUGAUGAUGAAGAAAGCCUCGGUGUACCGGCUGCGGACGACGUCGACAACCUGGUAUCCAUUCCCGACGAUGGAGAACUAUCCCAAAAGCCCCUCAGACUUUCACAUGACGAUCUCCUCGCUUCCGAGUGGUUCGGGGUCACCCCGAUCACCGGCACAGCUGCUACGCCCAGUUCAUACGGCGGGGACCCGGUUGUCGCGGCCCGGUUGGAACAACGCGCCGACCUUGUCCUACGCCUCUCCAAAGUCAAGGUCCAAAUGCAGCUCAGCGCCUGCCCGCAGGUGGGCCCUCAGCUGGUCGAGGACAUCAUCUUCCUGCGCUACGUCGACCUUGCCAAGAUCCAUCCGAACGCUCGUAUCAUGGCCAGCGAUCACGCGCGCAUCGAAUUCCACCAAGGCCUGCGCGAGGACGUCCGCGUUGUCUCCAAGUCCCUUUGCGAAGUACCUAUCAACACUUUUAGCCGAUGGUGCAAAGCGUACGACAACUACUGCGAACUUAUGCUCUACCUAUAUCCGGCAUUCGUGCGCGAGCUUCAUGCCUACCGCAAGUACCUCACCAGCUUGUGCUCGACCUGGGCGUGGCAUGUGGUGUAUGAUUACGAUCGCGCGCAUCGCAAGCACAAGGCCAACCAUCAGUUCAAAGGCUUCGCGGACCCGCCGGCCCCCGCAGUCACAGGCCUGGCCAAGCCCAGUACACUCCUGCUGGCGCUGGAGCUGGACGAGGCGGGCUGCGUAACCAAGGUCCACAACAACAGCAGCAACAACAAUCGUACUGCUGCCGCAAACACGAGUGCGAGUACUGCCACGGCGACCACCGCGGGUCCGUCUGGCCUCAGCGACCCAAGGGCGGCGCCGCUCCGGCCGCAGAACGACGCCCGUAGGGUGUUGUUCCAACCCUACCGGGUAGUUGAUGCUGACCAUCGAGCGCGGGGCAUCGACGUUCUCCCCAACGAAGUCCGCGCCCUGCACCGCCCAUAUGAGGUGCAGUCUACUGCGGAGCUGUCUGAAUCGAAGCUCCCCUAUCGGGAGCCGGUGAUGUCGAACGCCGAGUACGCGGCGUCCGCCUUCCUACUUCGCCAUGGACUCCACAAGAUCCCGUCUCCCGUCAAUCCCAUGGCUCUCCGUCACGUCUUGCGGGGGCACCCAAACCAACCCCUCGUCGAAUCCAUUCUGCGCGGGUUGGGCUUUCCGACGAAUUCCAUCACGCCGGAAGGCGUUGGCGUCCAGCUCCGGCGCAACCACCCAAGCUCUGAAGAGCACGCGGAUGUCGUGCGCGACAAUCUAACUGAAGAAAUCCUCUUGGGCCGUCGUCAAGCCAUCGAUCCCGACAUCCUCCGUCAAGCGCCAUACGCUAUCGCCAACCCGGUCGGUGUCGUGCCUAAGCCCAACAAGCCGGGCAAGUUUCGAAUCAUCCACAAUGCGUCUUUCCCGAAAGGGGGUUUGCUCAACGACGGCAUUGCGCGAGACAAUUUCGGCCCGGUGCCUCUCGACAAGGUCAACGUGCUUGUGCAAACGAUCCUCAAGCAGAAGAAAUUGCACGGCGACAUCUCUGGUUGGGUGGUCGACACUGUUUCCGCAUACCAUGUUCACCCUGCCCGGCCCCCCGACCAGCUCAAACAGGGGAUCUGGUUCAAAGAAUCGUUCUACCAGGACUUCGUUACCCAGUUCGGCGUUCGCUCCGCCAGGUUCUACUGCUGCUUGUUCGGGGACCUUCUCUGCUGGGCGCUCAUCAAGCUGGGGCUGCCAAACGCUUUGCACUAUGUCGACAACUUUACCGGGUUCACCGCCAAGAGGCUCCUUGCGCCAUCGCUCAGCACGGUGGUAUCGUUCUUCGGCGCCAUCGGUGUUCCAAUCAAGGUUGAAGCCUCCGGCCAGGUUUUCGCCACUCACGGCUUCAUGUUCAACCUAGUGACGCUCACGAUCUCGAUUCCUCCUCAAAAGCUCCAAUCCAUCUGGGAACUGCUGAUCCAGAUCCUCACCGCUGCGCCCGGAUCCACCGACGCCGCGACCUACAAUUCCGUCUGGCCUGGAUCUCCCAAGUCCUUCCCACCUCGCACACCUACCUCGGGACGCAACAACCUCAAGAAGGCUGUCCUUGCGCAAGAUCUCCGCGAGGACCUACACUGGUGGACCUACUCGCUCCUACACUGGACCGGGUACGCCCUUAUCUCAGAAGAACGCUGGAUGACGUGGGCUCAGCUUGGCGCGGUCUCCGACCCAAGCCCUAUCGGCUUCGGUGCCCACACUCGGACCUCGUACACUUUCGGCGAUUGGUGCUCCGCCUGCUUUCGCGAUAUCCACUCCACUACCCUCGAAAUGGUCGCCAUUUGCAUCGGGCUCACGACGUUUGGCAACCAGUUUCCCCGCAAGCGCAUCGUGUGGCUCACAGACAACCUGGCAUGCACCCAACUCUGGGCCUCCGGGUAUUCCAAAGAUCCCUUGAUUGACAAGUGCAUUCGCCAUCUCCGCACGCUUGCCAUGACGUUCCAGUUCGACUUGCGCUUUUCUCACGUUGGCCGGCAGAAUAUCCCAGGAUGCGAUUCGCUCACUCGGGGCCCCGAUGCCCAGUUCAGGGCCGACAACCCUCAUUUUGCUCAAGCCCGACCCUUACUCCCGCCCUUCCUCUCGUGGAAUACUCCCCCUUCGGCUUCGCCAACCGUCGGCUUCCUCGAGUGCCACCAUACCCCUACACCAUGCCGCGGGUGA